AUGAUUGCAACGCCGACUCCACAACUCCCUGUUCACCCGGUGAUGAUGAGAGACAUGUGACCACUACUGGAACCGGGACUGCAGGCAUAAAUGUCGAGAGUGCCAAUGGACAAAAUGGUAAUGGUCAGCAUGGUAAUGGACAACACGGCACUGGAUAUCAUGCUAAUAAUGGACAGGGUGGUACUCUGCCUUUCAAUUAUU